UCAUCCUCAACAACAGAAAAGAACAUUUGGACAGCAGCAGGUGAAGGAGACUUAGAACGUGUUCGUCAUUUAGUGGAGGUAGAACAUAUUUCACCAAUCGCAGCCGAUCAAUUCACAUAUACACCACUUCAUGCUGCUGCAUCUUAUGGACAUGUGGAAAUUUUGAGAUUUUUACUCAAUCAUUCAACAGCACCCGCAAAUGCAAUCGAGACAACAGAUGAAGAUGGUGAUACACCAUUGUUUACGGUAGAAGACGUUUCGGUUGCACGUAUACUCAUUGAGGAAUUUGGUGCGAAUGCAAAACAUGAAAAUGAAGCAGGUGAUACACCUGCCGCAAAUGCAGAAGAAAAUGAAUGGGAUGAAGUGGCGGCUUAUUUUCGAAGUGUGACAGGAGAAGAACCAAUGUAUCAAAGAGCGCAAAACCUUCCCUCUGAAGCUACUGAAUUGGAUCCUGCCACAAAUGAAGCAAUGGAUGCUGCUAUCGAUGGUCAGACAGAUGCCCUCAUGAUUCGUGUGCAAGACAUACUGCGAAGAGCAGAAGCAAGAGGAGCCAGUUCAGGAGAGGAAUUAAACGAAGAAGAAGAGGCGGAAUUGCGAAGAGUUGUUGGCGAAAGUGUAUUGACCCAAAUUCGGGAAGGA